CAAUCGUUUUUCAACACUAGUGCCGUACGAGAAUUAAUUUUUUCCUGCAAGAUGAUGGAGCUGCAGUCAAAUGAAGACAUCGAUUUAGAGGAUGGCGAGUUGUCAGCAAGCGGCGAGGAGGAGAUCUAUACGCCGUUGCAGCGACCGGCGCCGGCUUUAAAUGUUGCAACAGCUGCAAAGGGAGUUGCCGAAGGCAGUGCAACAAAUCCGCUUGCCACCUGCCAUCAGUUGCAAAGCGCUUUGGACGAUGAAUCCCAAACGAAUAGCGAACAAAGCACAAGCGGUGAAUCCUCUGAAGAGGGUUGCAUCAAAAAGUUACGCACCGAAAAUCUCGCUACCAGCAAAAAGCGAAAGAAGCGUAUAAAACGAACCGUUAUGAUACGUGUGCCUGCUGCUCCACCUCAAGCCUGCUCCUCUUCCGCCGCCUGUUCCACUGGGGAACCUAAUCGCGCGCGCUUCAAGAAAUAUAACAUAUGGACAGCUGCACUUCAGGAGGAGGCACUAAGUGAGAAUAUGCGAGGAUGCGAUGUGAAUCACAAAAGCAGCAGCGAUCGCAAUGUGGAAAAUUAUGAUUUCUCUUUGAGAUAUCGUCUAAAUGGGGAGCAUGCAUUAAAGCGUCGCCUGUCCAACUCUUCAGAUGAGGGCAGCAGCUCACAGCCAGCAUUUAAGCGAGGGCGCUCUGCCUGUUUGGAUAGCCAACAAAGGGAUCAGCGACAUCCGAUCAAAAAUCGGCUUGGAUCAAGAUCGAGAGCACGACGUGGCAAUUCCUCAACGAGCGGCUCAUCGGAUAAUUCAAGCGAACCGCGACAUAUACUCGACUUGCAGGAUGUGACCGGCCGCGAGCCCAAAGAUGUGGCUAAUGAAAUGGCCAGCAAACUCUACGAGGAGAAGGAUGAACUUUUGGUUCGUGUCGUUGAAAUACUUGGCUUAGAUUUACCACUGGAGCUGUACAAAGAAACGCAACGCAUUGAGGCAGAUGGCGGCAUGAUGAUCAAUAACGGAAGACGUCGACGUACACCUGGGGGUGUUUUCCUAUUUCUGCUCAAGCAUCACAAUCUCAUAACGCCAGCGCAACAAAAAUUAAUUUUCAACGAGGACCGUCAGAACGAAAGUAAAUCUCGCAAGCAAUUGGCGUCAUUGAUACGCGAUCGUAAAGUGGAGGAACUAAAGAAAUGUCUAAGCGAACAGAGCACCGAAAUGCCUUCAUUAAAUAGUCGCAAGGAAUUGGCACAAAUACAGCCAGGCAAUUUAUCGAAUCCUCCGCCCUCGCCUGUUGGUCAGGAGCAAAGCAGUCCGGAAUAUAAAACUCAUGAAAUAAAUAUAAAUGUGGUGGAUAAUACUGAUCUGCCAUCGACUUCAAAAGCUGCCACAGCAGCAGCAAGCCUUAAGCAAUUGAUCAGCUAUGAUGAUGAUAUUCUCGAUGUGAAUUGUGGCGAAAUGGAUUUAUUUUAAAUUGAAACGCUAAGCGUUAAACAACGAGGCCAUUCGUUUUAUAUUAUUAUAUAUGUGGAAUGGCGCAUAAUUUUUGACAUCUAUAUAGCUAGAAAUAUAUUUGUAAAUCUAAAUAAAUGCGUAGCGAUUAAGAUUUUUG